AUGUAAGCAAAAAUUAGAAAAAAUUAUCGAAGAUUAACAAGAAAAAAUACACAAAAAUAAUUAAUUUUAUCAAUUAAAUAUCACCCAAAAAAAAUUCUUAAACGUGCUCGGGGUAUUCAAUUGUUUUAAGAAAUGGAUUUAAAGUCAAACAAUGAUGUAUUUACUGCAAAAUCUAAGAUAUGUCGCUGCUGCUUGAAAAGCGGUAUUUUCAAAAGUAUUUCCUCAGAGUAUUAUUGUUCUGGUCAAAAAGAAGUGUACAGCGAUAUGCUGAAGACCACAUUUGAUAUUCAACUACUCUUCGCAGACACAGAGCCAUCAAAUCACUAUAUUUGUGAAGACUGUAUCCUGAGGCUGCGAGAUGCCUCCAAGUUCAAACAGAUGGUGGUACAGAACGAACAACAUUAUCUAAGGGCUCUGGAGACCAUGCAGUUUGAUGAUGAAAGAGAAUUAAAACAAUUGGAUGAUGAUAUGAAACUGCAGGAAAUCAAGUGUGAAUCACCAGCUACUGCAGAAUUCGUUGAUGACGCCUUCGAUGAUGAUGAUGAUAAAAUUAUAGCGAACAUCAAAAUGGAGUUAUCACAGAGCGACAAUAUCUUGGAUGCUGUGCCGCUGAAGGAUUAUGCUCAUAAACGAUCCAAAUUAAAGAAAUGUAAAAUAAAAACUGAUGCAGAUAAUUCAUCUAAAGACUGGUCCAAAAUAGCUGAGCGCCGCGGCAACGGGCCCAUACUGCGAGAGAACUCCCUGAAACUCCUCGCCAAUUCAACAAUAUUCGUGUUCCAAUGGAAUAAGAGUCGUUACAGAUGUUUUUGCUGCAAAGAACCAUUUUCAGACGUCAACCUACUAAGAGAACAUACAAAUAAACUGCAUUCACUCAAAGCUAUAGAAAAGAAAAUAAUAGACCAGCAAAAUAGAUUAGUUAAAGUCGACAUUUCGGUCUUAAAAUGCAAAAUUUGUGAUGAAAAUUUACAGAACUUAUCGACAUUGCGGGAUCAUUUGAUUGAUAUACAUAAUGUAGAAUUUGAGCUGAAGGAAGAUUUGUUAGUCCCCUUCAAAAUUGGCGGGGAUUUAUCAUGUCAGUUGUGUAAAGAAAAGUUUACAGUUUUCAGACUUUUAAACAUACAUAUGAAUAAACAUUUUCAGAAACAAGUUUGUCAUAUCUGUGGGGCUGGAUUUUCAAAUUUGGUGUUUUUGAAUUUACAUAAAACGAGGUCUCAUAAGCCCUUGAAAUGUCGACAAUGUGAUUUAACUUUUAGUAACAAGAUAGAUAAAAGAACACAUGAGAUUACCGUUCAUAAUAUAAAAUACGAAAGAAAAUUAAGAUUUCCCUGUCCUUAUUGCGAAGAUAGAUUUUUUCAGGAAAAUUUUAGGGUUCAACAUUUAGUAGAAAAGCAUGGUUUGAAAAAACCGGAUUUCAAAUGUAAUAUUUGUGCAAAGUCAUUUAUAACUAAAAGUUUAUGUAAUAAUCAUUUGAAAAAUGUACAUUUGAAGCAGAAAAAUCAUGAAUGCGAUGUUUGUCAUAAUUUUUUUUAUACGAAAUCGGAUGUUUUGAGACAUAAAGUUACUCAUAGUGGGGUGAAGAAUUUUUCUUGUUCGCUUUGCAAUAAUCCGUUUGCGAGCAAAGACUCUUUGAGACGUCAUAUGAAAAGAACACAUGGGGUUAUCUGAAGGAAAUAAAUGCAAUUUU